AUGAGUGACAACCUUACCCAGUCCACAAGUGGCAUUCUGUCCAUGGUAAUGACCUGCCACAAUGCAGCUGAGCUUGCCAAGUGGAUGGUCAAGCAACUGGAGUGGAAGAAGUGGAAGGAGAGCAACCUCAAGAAGAAGAGCCUUGGUGAACUUCAAAACAUGUGCAUGAAUUACUUCACAAGUGUGGCAGAGGUGGAGAAGAACAAGGCAAAACUGACUGAAUUGCACAAGCAGAUCCAAGCAGGCAACAAGUACAAGAUCAGCAAGGAUGCCUUCAAGGAGCUCCUCAUUGCCUGCCAGAGAUGUGUUGAGUUCCUGAGCAAGGUGAGAAAGGUGGCUACACACCUCAUGGAUAGGGACUUCAUCCACCUCAAGAACAAGGUGGCUACUGGAGAGUGGGAGCAACUUCUUCUGAUCCUUAGCAAUCCACACAUCAAAAUCAAAGAUGUUAUCCAAGAGUUGCAAGAGAGGAUUCAAAAGGAGAAAGAGGAGAAGGAGAAAGCUGAAGAAAAGGAGAAACAUAGAGCGAAGGCUAAAGAGUCACUGCUGGUCCAGGACAUUGCCAAGAUUCCCAAGCUCAUGGCCUACGAGAAGCCCUCCCUCAUCAAGAGGUGGAACCUGAAGUGGGUCCACAUUGCUCCUCAACUGUGGAUUGUGCAACAAGUGCCACAAGAGCAGGAGCCAGAGCAGGAGCUGGAGCAGGGACAGAAGCCACAACUCUGA